GUAGUCUUAGUUUGGUGGCUUUGUUUGUUUGUUUUCUUUAGGUAGUUUUGGUUAGGCAGACAUUAGAAGGGAGCUCCUGACUCUGCCGGUCGACAUGUCUUGGUCAGCAGUCUCUCUGACUUAUUUUAUGUUCGGCCAACGAGCCACCAUGGAGAGAUAAAAGAGCCACAUGUGGAUCUGGAGCUGCAGGUUGCAAACCUCUGGUUUAAGGGGCCACAUGUGGCCCCCGGACGUAGUUUGCCCACUCCUGUCAAAUUGUAGGAAAUGUUGACUUUUUCUCUGGAGAUGUAUUUUUGGUAUUGAAAGCUGCUUCCCAAAUAUCUUCAAGAAUUCUUUUGAGAAUAGAAAAUCCUCUUUUUUUAUUUGGAACCAGAGAAAAAGUGUGACCAACAAUGAAUGUUUGCCAACAAAGAAACGAUUAAAGGUUAUUUCACAGAGAAAUUUUCUUCUCACAAAAGCUACAUUCAAUUCUUCUUUCAACGCCGCUUCAUUGAAUCAGACUCAAUUGUGUGACGCAGCGUGUUAUGUGCAACAAGAGGCUUUAAAAGAUUAAGAGUGACUGCUUUAUUGCUCCCUCUUCUCCCUGCUUUUUGCUCUUAAUCCAGACUAAUGGUCACUGCAGGCUGACAGCACUCUUUCAACAGCCACCGUCUUAUCCUGGAGAUUACAUCAAUCCAGAGUCUGUAUUAUCUCCUGUGCCGUGUACAGUAUGACAGCGGAUGAAGUCAUACUUUAGCAGAACCUGAAGAGUUGACGGCUCCGCUGACAGAUCCUGAGUGUCUCAUUGUUGAGUGACAUCAAACUGUCGGGGUUUUUGUGGCGCUCUGCUGGGGCUCUUUCAUUUCACAUGCAGCCAAAGAGGGAGGUACCCACCAAUGCAGCAGCGACGGAGACAGAAAGCACCUAGGAGGCAUCCUUGAGUUUGUCAGACGCAAGGAAUCUAAUCCAGACAGCCAUAAAUUUGAAUUUAAAUGAGAAAUCCCAAAAUAGGAGCGGCCUGUGUUUAAUUGGAACAAAUGGAAGUUGGAUGUCUGUCAGAAAAUGAAACAGGGAAACAACAGGGACCCGAACGCCAUGCUACUUGUUGACAGUUAAUAUAAGCCGUGCCAACAGGCAGGCUGUUGUUUGCAGCUGGGCAGCUUAUAGUUUCUGUCAAACCGGAGCUGAUCUCCGUUCUUGCAGGCCACAAUUAAAUGCCCCCUUCUCCUUCAUCCCUGGCUGUUGCCUCCUCCCCCUUUAAACCCCCUCUGGUGUCCUGAGCAGCAUUUAAUUGUGAGGGGCUGAGCCGAGUAAAGGAGUAAUCAGAUGAGAACAGAGGCAGGAGGAGUCACAUUUGCUAAAGGGGGAUUAAUAACACUGGCAUCUUGAUUGAACUUCAGCUGCAAAUUGGAGGUGGAGCUGGGGAGUUGGAGUGGGGGGGGGUCAAUGAUCCAGAAGGGGAGGAGACGAAAAGACGAUAAGAGCAGAGAGGAGGCAGAGAUGGGGUAGGGAGCAGAGAAAAAAUAAAAAGGGAGCGGAGAGAGGGAGUGGGAGGAAGAAAGAGCGAGGAUAGGAGGCGCAGCGCAAUGCAGUCGGGAGGGGGGAGACAGGGAUGUAGAGGCAGGAAGCCUCCACUGCCAUCGCACCAGUAAAACGCAGGCGGCACAGAGGGAAGACAGCGGCGGAAGCUCUCCGGUGAUGGGAUGAGGGGCUCAGGAGCGCCGCAGCGGAGGGAAGAGUGGGAGGCGGCACAUCCAGGAACAAGCAUCGGCAACGAGCAUCGGGAUCGGAGCUGAGGGGGGAGAGAAACUGGAGAAAAAGUUUGGGAGAAGGAGGCUGAUGGAGGAGGAGGGUAUCUUUACUUUAAGUUCUUCUCCAUCCUCCGAUCACCAUGUUCUCCGACAGCGGGGAGCAAAAAGGGUUCAAGUCCCCCCACUUCAUCCCGUGGUUGCGCAAUAGUCUGAAGGCUCAUCACAGCAGCGGCGACCUGGGGCUCAACGGACCGUUCCGGUCCGGUUCCGAGGCCAGGAGCAACCUGGAGAAACCCAAAGGGAUCAGCUUUUUCUCCAUCCCCGGAAAGGGUCGGGCAAAGAAGGGGGAACUUCGGUGCAAUGGCAUGGUGGUGCUGCGGGGGCAUCACAAACUGCCGGGCAAGCAGAAGGAGGACAGCAAGUGGAACCAGACCAAAGAGGUGGACCCCAAAGAUGGACCGCGAGGCCUGCAGGAUGCUGCCCGGGACAGACACCGGAGCUCGCAUCAGCACCAGAGUGAAGGCACUUCCGUCAGGAAAUAUGGGCCUCUAGUGGGACCUCCUCCCACUCCUGUCUCAGAGGAGUCAAACUGCAACCUGCCUGUUGCUCUGUGCACGGACGAGAGGACAGGAAAGCUGCUGGACUACACCAGCCACACCACAUACCGCCACAGAGACCUCCACUCCUCCAUCUGGCUGAGCUCAGACACUCAGGGACUGAUCGAGCGGCAGCAGGGGUUCAGCUCCACCUUCAGCUACAUCAACAAACACAGCAGGAACCUGGAGAGUCUGGACCCGGGAGCCUUGAAGGAUCCACCCGGACCUGCAAACGGGCUUGUCUUCUCUGCAGAGUUUCCCAGCAGAGGCUUGGGAUGCACCGCGACUCUAAGAGGCCCGAGGAAAGCCAGGACGAACCCAAUCCCAGACCAGAACCAGACGUGGGCACGCCACAGACUAAACAAAGAGGCGGUGUCUGAGAGCAGAGAGGCGGGCUGCAGCAGGAAGGUGGUGAGGAACCAGAUCAAACGAGUGGUGGACAAUCUGGAGAAGGUUCUGAAGGCUCUGAGGGAUGUUCAGGAGGAGAUGAAAGAGGUGGUGCAACAGAUUGACUCUCUGACCUCCUCCAUUGAUCUGAAUGAAGAGGAGCAGCAGGAUUGUGGAGGAGACCCCAAGCCUCCCAGCGACUGCAGCUACAGUUCUGGUUCCAGCUUCGCCCAUCAGAGGUCUACUAAUGCUGCAGACUCGUGUGGAACCCUCAGGAGGGAACAUCCCAGCAGGAGGGAACAUCCCAGCAGGAGCCAGUCUCCACAGAACCUGCAGACGGCCCGGAUUACCUCUGGGUUUCUGUCAGAGAGCAGCCGGACUCUCCGCUUUACUUCCGGUCCGGUGUUUUCUCCCAAAAAAGCUGGAUUGAAGAACCUAUCCACGUUAAGUUCUUCCCAACUUCCAAACAUGAACUUCAGUGAUCACACUUUGUCCCCCCAAAGAAGUCUUCCCGGUCGGCCUCCAACUCCCGGUCUUUCUCCGAUCACCGUCAGCCUCCAUCCUGGCUCCCAGCCUCACUCGCCUGGGGCGUCCUCCUCCAUUAGGAUCAACCCCGCGUCCCCUCCCUCUCGGCUGUCUCCGCAGCCCCCUGCCCUCAGUCCUUCUGUCAUCAUAGAGACUAAAGUGGGGCCUUAUCAGACCUCACAGAGCGACCUCUCAUCUGCCGCCGCACUCACUCCAUCACCGAUCCACCCUCAGUCCGCCAGCUGCCCUCCCACAGACUCCGACAUCCAACCUGCGCCGCUCGCUGACAGAGAGCAACGAGCGUCCUCAGCGGGCCCUUCUCAUCUGUGCUCCACCGCAGAUAAACCACCCACGGCACAAGGUCGCGGAGGUCGCAAGCCACCACCUUACCCCCACAACAGGCUCUCUCAGCUCACAAAGAAAGUGAAGGAGCCCCGCAAGGCUCCCCCUUACCCCGAGAAAAGGAGGCUGCUCUCGACCACGGUGUGAGACAAAGCAGCGCAGGGAGGAGGCUGAUCGAAAAGAGCCAUAUUUACAGCACCAGCCACAUGUCUGCGGGAGCAGGGGGAGAUUUAGGGCUCACCACGUCGAGCUGACAACAAGUUUCCAAGGUGACAGGAUGCAAAUGCAACUUAGGGAGGAGGAGGAGGAGGAGGAGGAAGAGCUCGCAGAGGAGACACGAGGAAGCAGUGUGUCAAGGUGUGCCAUGUUUCACGGAGCAAACCGUGACUCAGCAGGAGUCCAGGCAUUCGCCUUCAUCACUUCCACCAUGACGGGGCCACAAAAAUGAUCCCAUCAUGUAAACAUGGAAGAACUAGAGCAGGGAUCUGCAACCUCAUAACCUUUUAGAGAGGGUCUCUGGUUCAAGAAAAUACAAUUUUCUUUCUAAAUGCUCAUUUGAAUGAAAAUUUCACCCCGCCACAAACUCAAAAACUUACCAAAAUUUGCACCUAGUUACCAGAGAUUCAAGCUUAAGGAACGACGACCCGCAAAAAAAAAAAUGACCUCACACUGGGAGAAACCAGAAUCUCUUAUGGGGCUCAAUUUUUUUAAAUCUAUGAACAAACUCACAUGUUGGAGAUAUCUAAAGGAAUUCUUUUUAAGUAUUAAAGGUGCGAAAUUUGGUGAUUUUCACAUUUUCACCCAAUAUGGGAAAAGAACAUUUUGUUCUAGAAAGUUCACCAACACCACAGCUAUGUCCGAGUUCCUUCACUACUCACUAAAUAGUGCAUUCACCAUUUUCUAGUGCUAUCUGAAUCUACCAUUUCACAAUCGAGAGCACUAGAAAUUUCCCAGAAGUCAUUGCGAAAAUCUACCGUGCAUCUCUGAAUAUAGACCACAAUGCAUUGCGGUCAAACAAUUUUUGCAAAAAAACAUGUUUAAAUGUAAUUUUAAUGAUGAUCCUAAACCAUCAAGGUCAUAUCAUCCAGUUAACAGCAGUAGAGAAAAGAAUGACUAAAGAAAAUAUAAUUUUUAUGACUUUGCUUGUUUAAAUUUUUAAUUGGAGUAGAUUUGGUGAUUCUAUCAGAAAAAGGGUCUCUUAUUUUGAAAGGAACUCACUGCUUAAAAAGCAAAAAAAAGUUUCAUAUUUGAAAAUAAAUCCUAUCUUCUAUGUUUUGUUCAUACCAAAAAGCAACAGGUUAUUCAGUUAUUUUUAUCAAGUAAAGCAAAAGUUUAGCAAAGUAAAAGCCCAAAUUAAUUUAGUGAAUGAAGUGUUAAAGGUUGCAGACCUCUGGUUUAGAGGAACUGAUGGUAGUAAAAGUACAGGUGGCAGUAAAGGGGAAAUUAAUAUGUCGGAUUAGGAGGAACUACAUCUGAAGAAAAUACACAAACUUAUUCGUAAAAAUUGUGUGUUUGGUCUUUCCAUUCACUGAAAUAACUAGGAAAGCUUAAUAUUUUAGACAAUCAGUAAAAAGCUAUAAAUAAAACUGAGUUAUUUUGCUUUAAUGAUAGAGAUGGGAGACUGUUGAUUGAAUUUAAAAGGAGAAAAUUGGGGGCAGAAUGGAUUUUCUCCUUUCUAACAGUGAACUGAAAUGGUGCAAAACAUGAACACAAAGCUGUCAAUCAAAGCUGGAUAAUGUUAUUGAAUGUUGAGUUGUGACAAUCAUAAAAAAGUUACAGAAAUGUUUGUGGGAACGCUCAAACAUUCCAGGAGUUGAAUCUGCAGAAGCGAAUAUUGGAAACAUUGAUCUGCAGAAACUUUUAGGAUUUUUGAUACAAACACCGAUCAAAAAAUUGAUCUUUUUUCUGAAUACAAUCAAUAAAAAAUUAAAAAUAUA